UCCGUUCUCUCAAACCAAUCUUGGCGGUGUCUAAUAUCUGAUGUUUCGGAUUGGAUAGUUUUAACAUGACGCAAGCAAUCCGUGCUACUAAAGCCACGCCCUUAGGACCUCCUUUCCCGCGUUCUUCCAUUGGUCUCCAGGUGUUCGGCGUUUUAUAAGACCCUUUUCCGGGAUUUGAAACUGACACAAAAUCCUAUUUUUAACUGCUAAAGUUGCAAAGAAACAGUUUGUGAUCGUAAGGAUCCAUUUGAAAUCAUCACAAAUCAGAGAAUGACUGGAAACUAGAGGUGGUCACAGACAACUACUUCCAGAACCAGACCUCUACUAUAAGGAAUCCAUGCAAUCUUCCGUGGAGAAGAAGCUGGAACAGCUCUACAACUGCUACAAAGAUCCCCAGGAUGAGAAUAAGAUGAGAAUAAGAUUGCAUCAACAGCAGUUCUGCGAUGACCUCACCCUGGACCCGACCUGCAUCAGAGUCCUGGUGGUGGAGUGGAAGUUCCGGGCCACCACCCAGUGCGAGUUCAGCAAGAAGGAGUUCCUUGACGGCAGGUCUGAACUGGGGUGCGACAGCCCAGAGAAGCUGAAGGCUCUUCUUCCCAGAUUAGAACAGGAGCUGAAAGACAGCGUCAAGUUCAAGGACUUCUACCAGUUCACGUUCAACUCUGGACAGAAGGGUUUAGAUCUAGAGAUGGCUGUGGCCUACUGGAACCUGGUACUGACAGAUCAUUUUAAGUUCCUGGGCCUCUGGAACAGUUUCCUAUUGGAACACCACAAAAGAUCGAGUCCCAAAGACACAUGGAACUUACUCUUGGAUUUUGGCAACAUAAUCGCAGACGACAUGUCAAAUUACGACGAGGAGGGGGCAUGGCCAGUUCUCAUAGACGACUUUGUGGAAUUCGCCGGGCCGAUCGUAACGGAAUCCAAACGCAAAACCCACUAAUAACAACCCAGCUCUUGGAAGAGGGGUAGAACUUUGUAGGAUUUUUAAAAUAAUUUAAGAGAAAACAGUGAAACACUUGAAACCUGUGACACUGCACAAUUAUCAGGUAACCACCUAUCAGGGAGGAGUGAGAGGAAAACACAGGAAAUCAACUCUUGAGUUGUAUUUUUGUUCUUGUUUGAUGACAAUCGCCAUGUGCACGUUGCUAGCUGGUGACUCCAGCAGUACAUGUCCCAGAGGCCUUGCGAAUAUCAUUGUUCCAGACGAUGCUCCCUUUGGAAUCUCAGUAUUCCAGGACAGAAUAAGAGAAAAGGAGAGAGCUACAUCCCUUGGCACAGCCACGGUCUCUCUCUCUCUUUCUGUCUUGGAGAAAUGACGAAACAUAGUCACAAAUGAAUGCACAGUAGAGCAGGGCUGCUCUUUCUGGACCGCAAAGGGCAGAAAUACUAUUAUUUUCUACCUGGUCGUGUUGGGGGGGAUUAUAUAAAAUAACAAAAUCAGGUCUUCAAGGGCUGCAUUGUCUGCCGGCCAAUUAAUGACACAAAUUGAUGAAUUAAAUGCAAGGCAUGGAUUAAAAGCAGGACUGUGGCAUUGCCGCAGGGAGUAGAGGUGCUGAGGGUGCUGGAAAAUCAGAAUACCAUUUUUUUUGUAAUAAAAUAUAUUAUAAAAAUACAUUUUAGUAGUGCACUGGGCCUUUACUAGUAUUAGCAGACCGAUAUAGACGUCUGUAGCAUGGGCAAAAAAAAAAAUCAGUAUCUCUGCUUUGGCAAAAAAUGUAGUUGUAUAAUUAAGAACAGUAUCUUGCAGGAUUCAAUAGUUGGAAUUGUAAAUUGUUGCCUUGUGCCUUUUUCUAUGAUUGUCAUUCUAAUGGAAUCUAGAAAUGAACAAAACCCUGUCCUCAAACAUUUACAUCAAAAGGUGAAGGGUUAUGGGCAAACACACAAAACAUCCACAUCACAUUAAAUAUUUUUCUUGAUCAAAUGACAUGGAAAACAACCAGUUUUCGUGCGCAUUAAUUUACCAUCCUUACAAACCACUUAAUGUAAAUGUACAUUACUGUAUUGUACAUAGGCUGGUCAUCUAGGUUUGUACCGGUAGACUUUCCAUCACCAAGAAGAAAAACAAUGACCAAUACAGUAACUGAGUACAUGGAGACAUCAAGUGGUUUGUGAGGAUGUGAUGUGGCUCAGUUGGUAGAGAAUAGCGUUUGCAAUGCUAGAGUUGUGGCUUGGAUUCCCAUGGGGGACCAGUAUAAGAAAAGUAUGAAAAUGUAUGCACUCACUAUGGUAAGUUGCUCUGGAUAAGAGUCUAUGGAAAAGGAAUGAAAUGAAUAGUGUUCAAGAAAUACGUUGCAUUUGCAAAGUAUUUCAAGAAACUGGAAAACAUAUCAAGCAAGUACUUUUUAUAUUCAGAUUAACUGUUUUGUACAGAAUUAUCACACUGAAGUUACAAAUGCUGGUAAACACUCAAAUACAUUUUGUUAAAAAAUGUUCACAAAAGUAGAGUACUGGGCCUUUACUAGUCCUGUAUUAGCGGACCAAUCUAGACAUCUUUAGCACCGGCAAUUCCCCCCCCCCCCCCCACCCCCAAACUACUUUCUGCAGCUAUGGACUGUGGCCCAAGAGGACCGUGAGUUGUGUACUUCUGCAUUGCAUCAUUUCAACACUCCAAAGACAAAACCACCAAGCAAUACUAGGGGGCGCUGUGUGUCCGUCCGCAUGUUGAGAGAGAGAGAGCGCAAUCUAUUCUGAAUUAAUGCCUUUGUGAACAAGCAAUAUUUACACUUUGACAUUCACUAGUCAUACAGGUAUGGUUAGUUUGGAAAGGAAUGUUGAAUAGACCAUGUUUUGCUGUAAUGUGAUGACUCAGGCUCCUAUAGGUUUUAGUGAAGUCUCUAUUGCUAUUACGAACAUGUUUUAACGUUUCACCCUACUGAACACAAUGUGGUGGAAAAAGUACCCAAUUGUAAUGCUUGAGUAGAAGUAAAGAUAUCUUUAAUAGAAAAUGACUCAAGUAAAAGUGAAAGUCACCCAGUAAAAUACUACUUGAGUAAAAAUCUAAAUGUAUAUGUUUUUAAAUAUACUUAACUAUCAAAAGUAAAUGUAAUUGAUAAAAUAUAGAGUAGUAUCAAAAGUAAAAAAUAU